ACUUCGCCAUCCACCUUCCCCUCUCCAGGCUAGAGAACAUAAACAUGGGCCGCCGCAAGCUUCUCAUCAUCUCAACGGUGGUUGCAGUUUUUCUUUUACGGUGCAUCCCCCGGACCACGGCCGAAGAAGUUGGGGAUGAGAGAGAGUUCAGCUACGAGAGUGAUAGCGAGCACGGACCUGAGAACUGGGGCAAAAUCCAUGAGGACUGGGCCAUAUGUAAUAAAGGUCAGAUGCAGUCCCCCCUUGAUCUCUUGGACAAAAGAGUGCAAGUGCAUCACCACGUGGGGCCGCUCCGCCGAACCUACCGCGCCGCCCUUGCCGUCGUCAAGAAUCGUGGCCACGAUAUUAUGGUCAAAUGGGAGGAAGAUCCAGGGGCCAUCUGGAUCAAUGAAACCAUGUAUACACUUAAACAGUUGCACUGGCAUGCGCCUUCGGAGCACACCCUCAACGGCCGGAGGUAUGCUGUGGAGAUGCAUAUGGUGCAUGAGAGUGCCGAUCAGAAGGUCGCCGUGGUCGGUAUUCUGUACAAAAUUGGCCGCCCUGAUUCAUUCCUAGAGGAGGUGGAGGAAGAAAUUAUGAAGAUAGGAGACUUGACGGGGGAAGAGGAGGUGUUGGGAAUGGUAAAUCCAAGGCAUGCAAAAUGGGGAAGCAGAAAGUACUAUAGAUAUUUGGGCUCGCUCACUGUUCCACCUUGCACUGAAGGUGUUGUGUGGACCAUUAUAAAAAAGGUGCGGACUGUAUCAAGGAAGCAGGUGGAUAGACUUAGAGAGGCUGUCCAUGAUGAUUUUGAAAUGAAUGCAAGACCAAUACAGGAGAUCAAUGAAAGGACUGUUAGCCUUUAUCGCCCUCCAAAUUUUAAAUGUUAAAUCACAAUGCUUUGUAGGCUUGAAGAUUCAUGUAUUGUAUUAAUGAAGUUUCCUUGAGAAAA